AUGUCUACCGCAGGCAAACCUAUUACCUGUCGAGCUGCCGUUGCCUGGGAAGCCAAGAAACCUCUGACCAUCGAAACAAUAGAAGUAGCACCACCUAAAGCUGGAGAAGUCAGAAUUCAGAUUCUGGCAACUGGUGUUUGCCACACUGAUGCUUACACAUUAGAAGGUCAUGACCCCGAGGGUGUCUUUCCAGUGGUCCUAGGGCAUGAAGGAGGUGGUAUUGUGGAGAGUGUUGGCGAGGGUGUGACAUCUGUGGCUCCUGGAGACCAUGUUAUCCCACUAUACACGCCGCAGUGCUAUGACUGCAAGUUCUGUAAGCACCCAAGAACCAAUCUCUGCCAGCGCAUUCGUGCCACUCAGGGCCAGGGUCUGAUGCCUGAUGGAACCAGACGUUUCACCUGCAAGGGUCAGGAACUGUUCCACUUUAUGGGCUGCAGCACAUUCUCCGAGUACACAGUGUGCGCUGAGAUCUCAGUGGCCAAGGUUGACCCCACGGCUCCCUUGGAUAAAGUAUGCCUACUUGGUUGUGGUAUAUCUACUGGAUAUGGUGCUGCCAUCAACACAGCCAAGGUAACACCUGGCUCAGUGUGUGGAGUCUGGGGCCUGGGAGCUGUAGGGCUGGCUGUCAUCAUGGGCUGCAAGACGGCUGGGGCAUCCAAGAUCUUUGGCAUUGAUAUCAACCCAGACAAGUUUGAAUGUGCUCGUGGCUUUGGUGCGACAGACUUCAUCAACCCUAAGGAUUACCCCAGCAAGACCAUACAGGAAGUUGUUCAGGAGAAGACUGAUGGAGGCUUUGACUACACUUUUGAAUGCAUUGGAAAUGUUAACACCAUGAGAGAUGCUCUUGAGUGUUGCCACAAAGGAUGGGGAGAGUCUACCAUAAUUGGUGUAGCAGCUGCUGGUCAGGAGAUUCGAACUCGUCCCUUCCAGUUGGUGACUGGUCGUGUGUGGCGAGGCUCUGCUUUUGGAGGCUGGAAGAGCAGGGACUCUGUGCCAAAGCUUGUCGAGGCUUACUUGAAGAAGGAAUUGAAAGUUGAUGAGUUUGUGUCUUACAAUCUGCCUCUUGACCAGAUCAAUGAAGCAUUCCACUACAUGCAUACUGGACAAAGCAUCCGAUCAGUCAUCCUAUAUGGAGACUAG